AGUGAGAGAGGGAGAGAGACAUCGCAGCAUUUCUCAGCACAUUCUGUAGGUGGGAGAGAAUGGGAGGAGGAAAGAGCAGCGUUUGUUCUCACCAGGGUUGACACAAAUUAAUAUCUGGUUUGAAGUCUAGAAACGAUAGAUUUACUGACGUCAUGAGCUAUACCUGGCCGGGAAAGUCACGGUGUUAAUCCAGGAUAAAUUAUUCCCUGAUGUCAGUUCUGCGUCUACAACACUAUGUGAGAGUGUGCAGCAGAAUUAAGGAAUCACGAAACAAGGAUUAAAACCCCAAAACAGAAAAGUAUAACAAAAAACAACAGUGUAAGGCUGGACAAAAAAAGAAAUCUUGCUCACUACGACAUGGUCAAUAGAGAGCAAUGCUGAGUCAUAGCGUUGAUUUGUUAUCUAAUUUUAUUUUAGUUACGAGGAAAAAGCUCUCGCUGUCUUGGCUGAUAAAGCACAUUAAAAGCAACAACGCUGAGAAAAGCACAAAUCUUUCACACAGUCGUCGAGCGUGAUGGAUCAUGACAAGCGUAAACUGCCCCGAACACUUUGUCAAAGCAGCUGGGACAAUCAAGGGGUACCACGAAAAGACGGUCAAACGGACGUUCGGAAAAUCCCGAUGGCAACUCCUACGCGUAAGCAAAGUCCAAGCCAUUUAGAAGUGCGCGAGUUGAGUGACGUCACAAGCCGGGAUGGGAAAUUCCCGAAUCAAAGCGGUACUUUCCGAAGUACAUCCUUGUCUCCAACCUCGCGAGGAAGUGACGGAGGAGGGGCGAGUGAGUUCCGGUCCAGAAGUAGCCGCUCGUUGUCGCCUAUGUACGUCCCAUCCACGCCGGCUACAGCGGUCAGUCGCCGGAGGCAGCAGGCUGGACAUCGGAGUCCAGGAAAUGACGCAGACGACCCAACAUGUAAUCACAUCAACCUGUCUCCGACAUCACCAGGCUCUGAGUCCAUGUCGCCGACGUUCAGGGACAUCUACUCCCCUGUGCCCACGGAAACCACCUUCGACCUUGAACCUGUUCUGAACACCCCCAGGCGACUCUCCCGACGUGUAGCUACCCCUGCCUACCAACAGACUGGUCCGGGUUCGAACCUCCCCUCGUCCAGCGUCUUCCCCGCCAUCACUAUAGAGACAUGUGACGCUCCAAAAUCCUCACAGAAAACGCACAACAAGCACCACCAGCCUCCGUUCUCUGUUUAUCCCGAUUCGUUAGCGUCUUCUCAGAAAACGGCGAAUUCUAGAACAUUCGAAGGAGCCGUUAGAAAGACGUCCUCCUCUUAUAACAUUACGUCGUGUCUGAACGUUCCGUCUCCGAUCAUCCGACGGCGAACAACAGAAGGACGUAUUAUCGUCGGACUGAACAACGAUUUUAUCAAAGGCGCUCUCAACAAGAUGUGGUCACGCUCUGAGGGAAACCUGCCUGCGUCCGUCUCGGAUGACGUGUCCAAUAGUAACAGCAACAGCUACAGCAAAAGCAAUAGCUUUGCCAAAAGCUACAGCAACAGCAAUAGCAACAACGGCAGUAGCAACUGAAGAGACUGUAGAGGAAAGACGCGAGGUUUUAAACCUACAAUUGGGUAGUUUCGAGAUGGCGUCGAGACGACAGACAACAAGGGAGAUUGAAUCAGCUGUGGCCUUAGCAAAACACGGGCUACAGCCAGUGAUGAAAUAAUACGACUCUCUCUCUCUCUCUCUCUCUCUCUCUC